AUUUUUCGUUAAACACGCGGACAGGAAAAUCUUUACGAGUUUCGUCAAAACGAAUUAUUUCGACUGCUUUCGACAUUUCGAUCUCCAACCGACUUCCACAGAAUUAUUCGAAAACUGUGAAAAAUGGAAGAGUAUUCAAGAGAACCUUGUCCUUGGAGGAUAAUAGACGAUUGUGGAGGAGCCUUCACUAUGGGAGCUAUUGGUGGAGCGAUAUUUCAAAGUAUUAAAGGGUUUCGCAAUGCCCCUAGUGGAAUGAACAAGCGCAUGUUGGGUAGUUUAAUGGCAAUUAAACAACGGUCUCCUAUAAUUGCUGGGAACUUCGCUAUCUGGGGAGGGAUGUUUUCAACAAUAGAUUGCACGUUAGUGCGUAUAAGGCAUAAAGAGGACCCGUGGAAUUCGAUAAUCAGCGGUGCUGCCACAGGAGCUAUACUAUCGGCGAGAAAUGGAGCGAUGGCAAUGGCAGGCAGUGCGAUCAUUGGUGGAAUAUUGUUGUCUCUUAUCGAAGGAAUGGGUAUCCUGCUAACUCGUCUUUCUGCGGAACAGUUCAAACCACCAAGUCUUAUGGAUGAUCCUUCCCAAUUAGGUGUACCUCCACAAAGCCAUCCAUCGUAAUUCAUAUUUUAAUGUCUUAGUUUUAUUUUAAAUUAGAAUGACUUAUUCAAGCGUCAAUGCAGUCCGCCGAAAAAAGUAUUUCUUGAUUACAAUCAUCGGUACUGGUACUGUAAAUCUGAACAGGUUUAAAUUCCUUAGACUAAGAAACAAAUAAUAACGUUUUAUGUUAAUUUGUAAUUAGAGUAUCGUUUAUUUUUCAUUACCUGUUCAUUGAAACAUUAAAUUAAAUCAUAUAUAUACAUCAUAAAGAUAAACAACUUGAAAUUAUAAAUCGUGUUAUAUUACAAAAAAAUCACAAGAUCUUUUUGGCACGUUGUACAUGGCUUCUUUCGUUAUACCAUUAAGCAUUAAUAAAAAAUUGUAUUAAUAUA